AUGUUUUGGAGCCUUACCCAGCAGAGGUCAGGAGACUUCUCUUCGCGCAUGUCCGCGAUUUUCUGCAGCCUGGUGGGCAGGUCAUCGUUGCUGUCACAGUGGGCGAGACUGGUUUGGGUACAGCAUCAGAGUCGAUCUUGGACCUGGUUCUGCCAAGUGCUCCACCCAUGCAAGCGGAUGAUAUCGAGGAAGACCUUCUGCUGGCUGGAUUUGAUGUCGCUGUGCCCGAACUUCUCUGCAUCAGAAGAGAGCGUGAGGCAGGACUUGCGUGAAUCUUUCCAGCAAGAGAUUCGGAAGUAA